AGCUGCCUUUAUAAGCAACCCUGUUUUGCUCGCCGGGCUGGUCUAAGAGCUGCGGUCGUAGAGAUAAGGAAGUAGUGAAGUGUUGUCAGGGAAACGCGAUUUUAAGUGUUUGCAAGAGGAAGACCAGCAAGAGAUCAGGGACAGUGCUGGAACCAUGAAAGACCUUGACUUGGGGAAAGAUUACGUCAUUCCAAGCCCCAGCUACCGGGGUAUCACAUGUUGGAGUGAAGAGCGUCAACUUAAGUCCAGAUAUCAGCCCUCAAAAGAACAAAAGCACCGUCCAUGUCAAGAUGCCUUAGACACUGCGGCACGAGUUGAGGGCCUCCCACUUGAUGUCUCCAUGCAAUCCCAUCUCAAGAUGUUGGGAGAGGAGAGUCAGAAAAGUAAAUACCACCAGAGCCUCAGUCAGCUGAAGCCUUUUCGUACCACUACUAAACACGAACAUCCUGUUGACAAUGCCGGUCUGUUCUCACUGAUGACCUUCAGUUGGCUCACUCCCCUUGCAUAUAAAGCCUAUCGGAAGGGAGAACUCUUUUUUGAGGAUAUCUGGAUGUUGUCUAAGCUGGAGAGCUCGGAGUGUAACAGCCGCAGACUGAUGCGGUUAUGGCAGACAGAGCUUCAAGACCAUGGAAGUGAGGGAGCAUCCCUGAGGAGGGUUGUCUGGAAAUUCUGUCAUACCAGGCUUCUCAUCUCUAUAGUUUGCCUCAUGGUCACACAGCUGGCUGGCUUCAGUGGACCAGCCUUCGUGGUGAAGAGGUUGCUUGAGUACUUACAGCAGAGCCAGUCCAACCUCCCCUAUGGCUUGGUGCUGGUUCUGGGACUUUUCAUGACCGAGGUGAUCCGCUCCUGGUCUCUGGCACUCACCUGGGCUCUUAACUACCGUACUGGAACACGGCUGCGUGGGGCUGUGCUGACAAUGGCCUUUCAGAAGAUUCUUAAAUUGAAGAACAUCAAGGAUAAGUCCGUUGGAGAGCUUAUCAAUAUGUGCUCCAAUGAUGGUCUUCGUAUGUUUGAGGCUGCAGCAGUAGGCAGUUUACUUGCUGGUGGACCUCUCAUUGCUAUUUUAGGCAUGAUUUUUAACAUCAUUAUCCUGGGACCAACAUCUUUGCUGGGCUCUGCAGUCUUUAUUCUGUUUUAUCCAUCUAUGAUGUUUGUCUCCAGGUUGACUGCUUACUUCAGAGGAAAAUGUGUGGCAGUAACUGAUAAUAGAGUGCAAAAAAUGAAUGAAAUCCUAAGCUAUAUAAAAUUCAUAAAAAUGUAUGCAUGGGUAAAAGCCUUCUCCCAAGCUGUGCAGAAGAUUCGUGAAGAGGAGCGAUUAAUACUUGAGCGUGCUGGUUAUUUCCAGAGUAUUACUGUAGGUGUGGCUCCCAUUGUGGUGGUAAUCGCCAGUGUGGCCACAUUUUCAGCCCACAUGCUACUGGGCUAUGACCUUACUGCCUCCCAGGCUUUCACAGUUGUGACAGUCUUCAAUGCUAUGACCUUUGCCUUGAAAGUGACCCCAUUCUCUGUGAAGUCCCUUUCAGAAGCCUCGGUGUCAGUUGAUAGAUUUAAGAGUUUAUUUCUAAUGGAGGAGGUUCAAAUCAUAAGAACAAAGCCAUCCAAUCCCAUCAAUGCCAUAGAGCUGACGGGCGCCAGCCUGGCAUGGGACUCGUCGAGUUCCAGCGCCCACCCCUCACCAAAGGGCACUCCAAAACUCAGGAAAGACAAGAAUGAAGGCCAGGGAAAGAAAAAAGACCGGAACAAGGAGUUGAUAGAGGCAGAAGGUGAUUCUGGAAGCUCAUUGGCAGAGCAGAAAGGACAACUGUUGCUUGACAGUGAUGAAGCUACCAGUCCAGAAGAUGAAGGGAAAACCAUCCAAAGUGUGAGCCUGCGUCUUCAGCGGGCUUUACACAACAUUGACCUGGCAGUUGAGGAGGGAAAACUUAUUGGUAUCUGUGGCACAGUUGGAAGUGGGAAAACCUCAUUGAUUUCGGCAAUCCUUGGCCAGAUGACUCUACUAGAUGGCAGCAUUGCUGUGAGGGGUGACUUUGCUUAUGUUGCCCAGCAAGCCUGGAUCCUUAAUACUACUUUGAGAGACAACAUCCUAUUUGGAAAAGAGUAUGAGGAGGAGAGGUACAAUGCGGUGCUGAGUGCCUGCUGCCUUCGGCCUGAUCUGGCAAUUCUACCCAAUGGGGACCUGACAGAGAUUGGAGAGAGAGGUGCCAACCUGAGUGGUGGUCAAAGACAGAGAAUCAGCUUGGCCAGAGCUCUAUAUAGUAACAGAUCCAUUUACAUAUUGGAUGACCCCCUGAGUGCGCUGGAUGCCCAUGUAGGAAACCACAUUUUCAAUAAUGCCAUCAAGAAGCAAUUGAAGCACAAAACCAUCCUCUUUGUUACCCAUCAGCUCCAGUACUUGGUGGACUGUGAUGAAGUAAUCUUCAUGAAAGAAGGUAGUAUAACUGAGAAGGGAAGCCAUGAGGACCUGAUGAAGCUUAAUGGUGAUUAUGCAGCAAUGUUCAACAGUCUACAGUUGGGAGAGACGCCCCACACAGAGACCAAUGGCCAGAGGAGCAGCAACUCUCUAAAGAAACCUUUGGAGAAAGGAACCAAAGCUAGCUCUGUGAAGAAGGAUGCACCUGUACACAAAGAUGAAGUCCAGCUAAUGCCUGUGCAGGAAAAGCUGAAGGGCCGCGUGUCUUGGGCUGUCUACGGUGCUUAUAUGCAGGCCGCAGGAGGUCCAUUGGUAUGCUUCAUCAUUCUUCUCCUAUUUGUGCUCAAUGUUGGCAGUACCACUUUCAGCAAUUGGUGGCUGAGCUAUUGGAUCAAGCAGGGAAGUGGGAACCUGACUGCUAUAUUAGCCAAUACAUCAUCAGUCAGUGACAGCAUGAAGGACAAUCCACAUAUGCACUAUUAUGCUGGUAUCUAUGCCUUGUCCAUGGUGGUCAUGCUGCUGCUAAAGGUGCUGCGUGGUAUCGCAUUUGUCAAGGGAACUCUGCGGGCUUCCUCCAGGUUACAUGACCAACUCUUCAGGAAAAUCUUGCGCAGUCCAAUGAAAUUUUUUGACACAACACCAACAGGCCGUAUCUUGAACCGCUUUUCCAAAGAUAUGGAUGAAGUGGAUACUCGUUUACCUUUCCAGGCAGAAAUGUUUAUUCAGAAUGUUAUCUUGGUUUUCUUCUGUUUGGGGGUCAUUGGCUAUGUCUUCCCAUGGUUCUUAGUUGCAGUGGGUCCUCUUCUAAUCUUCUUCACCAUCCUCCACAUGAUAUCAAGGGUCUUCAUCCGGGAGUUAAAGCGAAUGGAUAACAUGACACAGUCCCCUUUCCUGUCACACAUUACCUCCAGCAUUCAAGGCCUAACUACUGUGCAAGCCUAUAGCAAAGGAGAUGACUUCUUGCAGAGAUACCAGGAGCUAUUGGAUGAGAACCAGGCAUCCCUGUACCUGUUUAGCUGUGCCAUGCGUUGGCUGGCAGUGCGACUAGACAUUAUCAGCGUGGCUCUGAUCAGCAUCACUAGCCUGAUGAUGGUUCUCAUGCAUGGCACAAUCUCCCCAGCAUAUGCUGGUCUUGCUAUUUCCUAUGCUGUACAGCUCACAGGCCUGUUCCAGUUCACUGUUCGUCUAGCCACAGAGACAGAGGCCCGUUUUACAUCAGUAGAGAGAAUUGACCAGUACAUUAAGUCUUUAGCUCUGGAAGCCCCAGCACGUAUUAAGAAUAAGACUCCCCCUUCAGACUGGCCACAAGAUGGGGAGAUGUGCUUUGACAAUGUAGAAAUGAGGUACAGAGAAAACAUGCCAUUGGUCCUCAAGAAAAUCUCUUUCUGUGUUCGGCCAAAGGAAAAAGUUGGGAUCGUGGGUCGCACUGGAUCAGGAAAAUCUUCUCUUGGCGUAGUGCUCUUUCGCCUUGUGGAGCCUUGUGGUGGUUCUAUUAGGAUUGAUGGUGUGAAUAUCAGUGAAAUUGGCCUAGCAGACCUGCGCAGCAAACUUUCAAUCAUCCCUCAGGAGCCGGUGUUAUUCAGUGGCACAGUAAGAUCAAACCUGGAUCCGUUCAGCCAGUAUGAAGAAGAACUUGUUUGGGAUGCUUUGGAGCGAACCCAUAUGAAGGAGUGUAUUGCUCAACUGCCCUUAAAGCUAGCGUCAGAGGUCAUUGAAAAUGGAGAGAACUUCUCGGUUGGAGAGCGUCAGCUUCUGUGUAUGGCACGUGCCUUGCUACGUCGCUGUAAGAUCUUAAUUUUAGAUGAAGCCACUGCAGCCAUGGACACAGAGACCGAUCUUUUGAUUCAAGAGACAAUUCGUGAAGCAUUCAGAGACUGCACCAUGCUAACCAUUGCACACCGUUUGCACACAGUUCUUAGCUGUGAUCGCAUAAUGGUGCUGAAUCAGGGUCAGGUGCUUGAAUUUGAUGAACCAUCAAAGCUUCUUGCCAACGAAAACUCUCGGUUUGGGGCUAUGUUGGCAGCCUUGGAAAAUAAGAUAACCGUACGUGGGUGAAGGGGAAUGUCACACCCCCCCCCCAUCCCAGGCAAAAGAGGAACCUAAUGAGAGGAGCGGGACCGGCCGAAGAGCCUUGUGCCUUGUCAUGCUGCCCCUUGUUGGCGGUGCCAAGUGGAGGGAAGCCCAGAAUUGGAACAUCUGGAACUUUUCUAGCAGUCUCCCUGGGCUGAGAAUAAUGGAUUGUGGUGUCCUAAGUUUCUACUGCUGUUUUAGCAGCUCCUCUUUUCCAGUGGAGCUUCCUGGAUGGCUGUCCUGGUAUCUUGGACACUCCGUGUUGCACAUGGUGUCACGUUUUGUAGCAUGACUGCGUACUUGCCUUCUGGAGAGGUGAAAAUCUAGUAAACUGAAAUAAAUUGGUUUUGCUAUUUUGGUUGCUUCUGUCUGUUGAUUAGGUAUGGUUAGAUCUUGCAAGCUUCCAUUAGCAUCUUAAACAAUCAUGGAGUUGCCAGUCCUCUCUGCUGCAAACAGCAGUUGGUGAAAGAGCCAUUUGCAAUAAACAGGAUUCCUACUGAGCCAGGAAAACCACUUGGACUUUUAUUUUUCACAUUCUUUCCCUUUUGUAGAUGUUUCAAAAAGCAUUUAAAUUCUACCAAUAUACUAUACACUGAUAUAUAAUCUAAAAAUAAAUGCAGGAUUUUCCUUGAAUAUC